UCUCCCUCACUGCAGCAUCCGGCAGGGCUUCACCCAUUGGAUGGGAUGAACAGAGAGAAAGACAGAGGAGAAGCAGAGAACAAGGCGUGUCACCGUGACCGUACCACAAGAUAGAAACCUGUCUUCUGUCCAAGACCUUCACACUACCUGUAAAGUCCUCCCUUCAUCCAUCUGUCAUCUCAGAACAGAAGAAGUGUGCAGAGUCAGACGUGACCCUCAUCUCCAGCCUUCUCUCAGUCUGUGUGUUGCUCUGGUGGAGAGUGUCGGGACCCAAGUGUGUUUUCAUGCAUUGGCUGCUGGUUUGAUGCACGAUGCCUCCCGCACAGCGUCAGCCGGCAGGAAGAGGGCGAAACAGGACACAUCUUCAUCUGCUGCUCUUCUUACUCAGUGUGCUACAAACACGUGGAUACAUUCAGAUCCCUCCGGAUUACACAUAUAGAAACCUCAAAGAAGCUCCAACGAUCACGACUCAGCCCAAGUCCCACACCGCUUUCUCUUUGGAUGAUGUCAAUCUGGCCUGUGAGGCAACUGGAAACCCGACGCCCAGUUUCCGUUGGGUCAAAGAUGGACAGCAGUUUGGGGAGGUUCUGCUGAAGUCUGGAAGCCUGACCGCGGGUCUAGAUGAGGAGCUGAGAUCGUAUCAGGGCUCGUACCGCUGCUAUGUGGCGAACGAGCUGGGGACGGCCGUCUCAGACCUGGUGCACCUGAUCACAGAGUCCAUCCCAACCUUGGCCAGAGAGAGGAAGCCGCAACGAAGACUGUUUGAGCAGGGAGAAAGCACAGUCCUCUACUGUAACCCCCCAAGGAGCUCUGUCGCUCCCAAAAUACACUGGAUGGACAAGCAAUUGCACCACAUUCCUCUGAGUGACCGGGUGACCAUAAGUCUGGACGGAAACCUGUACUUUGCCAACUUAUUAGUCAAGGACAGCAGAGAAGACUUCACCUGCAAUGCCCACUACACCACUGCCAGCGUCAUCCUACCUAAAGAGCCCAUCGCCAUCACCGUCACAGCCUCAAAUUCAGUGGUGAAGAGCCGGCCGCCCCAGCUGCUCCAGCCCACAGGACACCACAGCUCUUAUCUGGUGCUCAGGGGCCAAACGCUGACUCUAGAGUGUAUCCCAGAGGGCCUACCGACUCCAGAAGUACAGUGGAAAAAGAUGGACAGCCCUCUCUCUCCUAGCCAUGUGAGGGAGCUGCACUACGGCCGAUGGCUUAAGAUUGAGAGCGUGUUGGAGACGGAUGAUGGCGAGUAUGUCUGCACUGCCACAAACAGCCUGGGCUCCAUCAAGCAUCAAUACACCGUCACAGUCGAGGCUGCUCCUUACUGGACCAAGUCGCCUGAUGACCAGCUGUACGCCCCAGGAGAGACUGUGAGACUGCAGUGUCAGGCUGAUGGGAUACCAACCCCAAACAUAACAUGGAGUAUCAAUGGAGUUCCUAUCACAGAGACGGAUUUGGACCCCAGACGGCAUGUGAGUUCUGGGACUCUGACCCUGAAUAAACUUCAGUACAGCGAUACAGCAAUCUAUCAGUGCAUGGCCACCAAUAAACACGGCAAUAUCCUGGUCAACACACACAUCCAUGUUGUUGAGCUGCCUCCUCAGAUCCUGACGGCGGAUGGGCUCGUGUACAUUGCCUCAGCAGGGAAAACCGCCCUGCUGGAGUGCCGAACCUUCGGUUCCCCGCUACCCAAAGUGGACUGGGAGAUUGUAGACACUGGUCCAGCUCUUGCUAAUCCCAAAAUGUCUCAGAUGACCAAUGGAAGUCUUCAGAUCAGUAGCGUGAGCAAAGAGGACAGCAAAACGUACAAAUGCUCAGUGAAAGACAGCAACAGGAGCAUCAUUGCUGAGCUGAAUGUCUUGAACAGAACUAAGAUUGUAGACCCUCCCCAGGAUAUCCGUGUUGUACGUGGAAAUGAUGCUGUUUUGCAGUGCAAAUAUACAGUGGACCACAAGUUUAAAGAUCCCACAGUUCAGUGGAAGAAGGACGGACACAAGAUCACCACAUCUUAUGAUAAGUACACUGUAGACCGAGAUGGCCGUCUGAAGGUGACGGAUGUUCAGAUGAAGGACACAGGAAUCUACAGCUGUGAGAUCAGCACUAAACUGGACUCAGACAGCGCCACGGGCUCCAUCACCGUACAGGAUAAACCUGCUUCUCCUCACUCGCUGGAGUUGUCUGAAAAGAUGGACCGUAGUGUCACCCUCUCCUGGAUGCCAGGCGCUGAAAACAACAGUCCCGUAUCUGAGUUUGUUCUAGAGAUGAAAGAGGAGCAGGAUCCAGCAGGAUCGUCCCGGUGGGAGAAGUUUGAGACCGUCCCUCACGACAUCCAACACCUGGAGGUCCAUCUGCAGCCGUACAGCACAUACCACUUCCGGAUCAGCGCUGUGAAUGCCAUCGGACGCAGCGAGCCCAGUCCUCCCUCAGACUCGUACAGCACCCCGGCUGCCCAACCUGAAAUGAACCCAGAAAAUGUGACGACUGUGUCUUCUGAUCCAAACUGUAUGGUCAUCACAUGGAAGGAACUGGAGCGACAGCAUUUUAAUGGACCAGGUUUUAAGUACAAGAUCUACUGGCGUCACUCUUCAGACAGAGAUCUACACUGGAAAAACAGCAGCGUCUCAAAUCCUCCGUUCAUCGUGAACGACACUGGGACCUUCAUCCCCUUUGAAAUUAAAGUUCAGGCAGCCAAUGACCUCGGUGCCGCACCAGAACCAGUUGCAAAGAUCGGCUACUCGGGAGAAGACCUACCUCUGGAAGCUCCGUCACAGGUGUCAGUGGUCGAGCUGAACAACACUGCGGUCAUGGUGAGAUGGCGUCCAGUCAGCACAGAAUCUGUGCGCGGACACUUGCUAGGCUACAAGAUCCAUCUGAGAAGGAAGGGUCCCAGAACUCACAGCCGACGAGGCCUGGCAAUCCGAUCUCUCGCCGCGGACAAGUACAGAAUGAUUGAGGUUUCUGGACACAAGGUGGAGGAGGUCGUGAGCGACUUGCAGUUUUACUCGAACUAUACUCUGACAGUGGCACCUUUCAACAGCAGAGGAGAAGGACCGCAUUCAAAGGCGUAUCACUUCAGCACUCCAGAGGGCGCUCCCGGACCGAUUUCAUCCUUGACCUUUGAGAGCCCGUCUGAGACAGAGGUCACGCUGCGCUGGGAAGCUCCACACAAACCCAACGGGCUGAUCACAGGAUACCUGCUGCAGCACCUCGAGAUUGUGCCUGGAAGCUCGAGCCCACGGCUGGUGGAGACCAUCGACCUGCCCGCUGUUACUGAGCACACAGUGAAGAGCCUGGAUCCUCAGAGCCACUACCUCUUCUACCUUCGAGCACGCAACACCGCUGGCGACGGGGAGCUGGUCAAAAGGAAGGGCGCCACCUUGCUGGAUGGAGAACCUCCAUCUGUGAUCAACAUGACUGCAGGAGAAACAUCGGUCAACCUCAGUUGGGUGCCAGGAGACAGACAUCGUAACUUUGCCUUUAGAUUCCGAUACAUCCAAAAAAGUGACGGUGGUUCAUGGGAAGAGUCGGAGCAGGUGAACUCCACACAGGCCUUCUAUCAGCUGCAGGGCCUGAAUCCGGGUGUUUGGUACCUCCUGCAGAUCUGGCCCGGAAACACUUCCUUGGCUUUCAAAACGAACGGACCAGAGCUGCAGGAGUUGCCCAGUAGCUUUGCAACUCAGGGCUGGUUCAUCGGACUCAUCAGCGCCAUGAUUCUGCUGCUGCUGGUGCUGCUCAUUCUGUGCUACAUCAAGAAGAGCAAAGGAGGGAAGUACUCAGUGAAAGAUAAAGAGGAGGGUCAGGUGGAUGCUGGGGCCCGAACAAUGAAAGAUGACGCGUUUGGAGAGUACAGAUCUCUGGAGAGUGAUAAUGAGAAGUGCUCCAUCAGUCAGCCAUCUGUCUGCGAGAGCAAACGCAGCAGUAACGACAGUCUAGCCGACUACGGGGACAGUGUUGACAUCCAGUUCAACGAGGACGGCUCCUUCAUCGGCCAGUACAGCGGACGCAGGGAUCCACACACUCACGCCGGUCACGACAGCUCGGGCGCCACGUCUCCCGUCAAUCCCAACAUGCCUCCACCCAGCAUCAGCUUCCCCACUUCUGUGACAGGAAUUCUGGGGCCAAAUUAACACAUGCAUGUCCCUGACCAUUUGAAUGAGAGGCACUGAUGGUAUGAGACAGGAUAUUACUAUAUGACGCGAGAAACAUCAUCCAUAAACACCACCGGCUUCACACUCACAUAACGACACACAUGCAUCCGACAGACGCCAAUAAAGUGCAGGACAAUUGCUUAUAACAUUCCAUCCAAGCACUGAAAACUGUUUACAACGCUCACCUUGCUUCUUCCCAGGUUACAGCAAGUGAUGUUUGAACUGGAAGGUGUUCCACUAAGUUCUCU